UCUAUGUGAUCAUGCCAGUAUUUGAUGUUUAAUACCACACUCAAUAUUACACCUAUAUGAUGAUUAUGUAAUUGAUUAUGGACCAGACAAUCCAUUGAUUAACAUGAUACCCACCUACUUAUGAUAUCUUAGCAAGAUUUAAAUGAGUAACCAAUUUCACAGUAAGUAUCAUAAUAGCACCAUGAAAAUACAUUUCUGCAAACUUAAAAAUAUCUAAUAAUGAUUUUAUGAAGCAAUUGAUAAAGAUGCAUUCGCCCCUGUAAAUGGGACAACCACACUAAUUUCUGUUUGAUGACAAUUCUUCUUCUUGUUCAUUUUGUUAGCACAAUUAAAAUCCAAAGGGCAUCCACAAGCAUGUCUAUGAGUUUACUCUCGGCACACAUGGCAUAGACCUAUUUUUUACCACUGACAUUUUUCUGCAAUGCUGACCAUAUUAGGAUCUACAUAGAGUACUUACUGUAAUGCUGACAUACUAAAUUGCAUGCUUAUGGAAAAAAAACCAUCUAUUAUUAUACAUCACUUGCGUAAUAAUGAUACAUUACGCCAACUAUAAUCGAUAAUUUUGCAAAGCGAAAGAAACAAAACCCUAAAACGAAAAAACCAUAUGACCUCAUUUGGGAUCGAACUGCGAAGCUACAGAUUAGAUUGAAAAUAUUGUAAAAGUGGAAAGAGAGACCCUACUUUAGAGUUACCUCCCUUAUAUAUGUUACGGUUGCUCAUUCGAGAUUUUAUACCCAGCGUCUUUGAGACCAAACAACAUCAUGUGCAAGUGGCAAACGCGAAAUGGAUAAGGCAGUAAUAUGUAUACGACAGACUGUGACCCACGUUUUAUCAAGUAGACCAAGUAAAAUGCACGGACAAUGACAUCCUACACCGUGGAUAACUAGUGCAAAUAAACCAGUCUUCUGUCCGGGUCAUCCAUCUCAACUGUCGUCAGUGUCGACUGUAUCUGUUUGGAUUUGAAUUUUGUAUGAAUUUAUGAGAAAGAUUCAUAAAUAAUGAGUGACCUGCGUGUACUGAAUUCAAUGAUUGAGAAAGGCAGUGCUCAAGAUGUUUUGCACCACAUCAGGAUGAACAAUAUAAAUCCGAAUUGCUUUAAAAAUCUACCUCCUUCAUCAGUGCCAGUGUCUGUGGCAGCAAUUGCUGGACAUGCUGAUGUUUUAAACACUCUCCUCUCUUUGGGCUUCAUGCCCCACCCAGACCGACAACCGAUUCAUUAUGCUGCCAUAGAGGGUCACCUUACGGUUGUACAGUCAUUGGUAGAAGAUCACAAUGCAGACAUUAUGAGUGUGGACAGUAAAGGUCAUACGCCAUUGUAUCUAGCUACGCUUAAUGACUGGUUCGAUGUUGUCAAAUAUCUUCUUGAGGCAGGAGCCGAUGUUAAUAAUCGUGGCCGGAUGCCACCGCUUAUUUUAGCCGUUGUUCACUACAAACCUGACCUUUGUAAAUUUUUCUUGAGCUAUGGUGCAGACGUUAAUUUGAGGGAUAAUUUUGGCCGUUCACCUCUUGGGACGGCUGCACGGACAGGAAGUGUAAACAUAGCAUGUGAACUGAUACAGGCAGGAGCAGACGUUAAUCUCUCAAGUCGAGGAGGAACGCCAUUUCUGUCAGCAAGCCGUUUCGGCAAGGUGUCAAUGAUGAGACUCCUGUCCUCUCAAGGUGCUGAUGUUGAGGCGUGUGAUCAAGAUGGAGACACUGCCUUACAUUUGGCUGUCAACGAGGGUUACUAUAGAGUUGUUAGAUAUUUAAUUGUUGAGCUAUGCAUUCCGCUAGAUUCUGUUAAUGAUAUUGGCGAAACUGCAUUUUUCAUUGCUCUGAAAAAGACUGACAUUGCUAUUAUGCAGCUCUUCAUAAAGGUUGGAUACUGGCCGGUGAGCGAGAUGCACAAAAUAGAAAUAAACCGAACAUCCGAGCAAUUCAAACUUGUGUCGGACAUUAUGUCCAUCCCAUAUUCGCUUCAAGAAUUAGCCUGUUUUAAACUUCGAAGAACAAUGGGAUCAAGGGUAACAACUUCUGUGAAUCAUCUUCCAGUCCCCCAGCCUGUCAAGGAAUUCAUUCUGCUCUGUCAUUUACCAUUUUCUAGACCUUGAAGGGUUAAUCAUACACUAACAACAAAUGCAAAUGUCAACAAGAAAAUGGGCAGAGGGGUAGCCUAGUGGUUAAAGUGUUCACUCGUCACACUGAAGACCCUAGUUCGAUUCCCCACAUGGAUACAAUGUGUGAAGCCCAUUUCUGGUGUCCCCUUCUGUGAUAUUGCUGGAAUAUUGCUAAAAGCAAUGUAAAACCAUACUCACUCCACAAGUAAAAUGUCAGCUGAAUUUAGUCUGUACCACAUUGUUUUUGAACAGAUGAUUUCAUUCUGGUAGAAAAUAUAUAUAAAGACCAAGGCACUGUUACUCACCUAAUCCAUUGAAGUGCAUCUGUGCAUUUUUUCACUGAAGCCUUGCGCAAUAUGAAUGCAUAGAUAUUAUUUUUAUUAUGUUUAAUGAAUUCUGUAGCCAGCAAUAAAGGAGUGAUUGGCUGUGAA